UAUUGAUUUUGACGACUCCAAGUAAUAAAUGCCGGCAACCGGCACCAAAGUCAAAGGGUGUGGCAGCGCCCACUGCUGUAGAAAGCCUUAAACGGCGGCUCCUCCCCUGUCCAUUCCAUUUCAUUUCUCACUCUUUCCUGCGUCAUUUUCUUUUCUUUUACAUUAAAAAAGAAAAACCAGAAACCAAAGACAAAAAUCUUCGCACAAAAAAUCACACAUUAAUUCCUUUCCUUACGUUUGCUUUUCUGUCAAUAAAAACAACGUCUAUUAUAUCAUAUAACUUUAUAACCAUAACAACUACUCCACUUCGAUUCCUCAGAAAGAAAUCAACACUGUUCAAAGAAAAUCAAAGAUACAUUUAAGCUUUUUUCUUUUGGUUUUUAGAAGAAGAGAAAAUUUGGGGUGUGGAAGAAGAGAAAAAUGGGGUUUGUUUUCUCCCUAUUUAAGAUGGUCUCUGUUCUUUUCCUGGGUUUUUUGGCUUUGAAUUGCUUCACGGAGUUUGGAUCAAAUGCUCAAGUUUUGCCUGAUAGUGAAGUGGAAACUCUUCAAACGGUAUUUUCAAAGAUGCAACAUCCAAAUGCUUCAAGAAUCAGCCCAACCUUUUGCAGUGAAACUUCAUGGAAUUAUACCAUUUCUGAUCUUGUUGAAAGCAGUAUUGCAUGCGACUGUUCUGAUGCAAACAACACUAUAUGCCACGUCACUCAAAUCUUGAUAAAGGGUCACAAUUUGACUGGAAUUCUACCAUCUGAACUUGGAAAUCUUACACGCCUGCAAGUAGUCGAUCUCACUCGUAACUAUCUUAAUGGUUCAAUUCUGUCGAGUUUAUCUGAUCUCCCUCUCACCAAUUUGUCUCUUCUUGGGAACCGUCUUAGCGGUCCGAUUCCUCCGGAAAUCGGUGAUAUUUCAACUCUUCUAAACCUGGUUUUGGAAGAUAAUCUGCUUGGGGGAUCAUUGCCUUCCAAUUUAGGAAAUUUGGGCCGCUUGGAUAGAUUCCUUCUUUCUGGAAACAAUUUUACAGGCAGAAUACCAGAAUCGUUUGGCAAUUUGAAGAACUUAACUGAUUUCCGGAUUGAUGGAAAUAGUUUGUCAGGGAGGAUGCCAGAUUUCAUUGGGAAUUGGACCAAACUUUCAAGAUUGGAUAUGCAAGGCACAUCAAUGGAAGGGCCAAUUCCUUCUACCAUAUCUGAGUUAAAGAACUUAACUGAAUUGAGGAUAUCCGAUUUGAAUGGGACAAGUUCGGCUUUCCCAAAUUUGGAGGGAAUGAAAGAUAUGAAAGAAUUGGUGCUACGAAAUUGCUUGAUUACUGGUUCAAUCCCUGCCAACAUAGGGGAAAUGGCAUCUUUAAAAACAUUGGACCUAAGCUUCAACCGCUUAACCGGUCAAAUUCCAGGGACAGUUGAGGAUUUGGCAAACUUAAAUUUCCUGUUUCUGACUAACAACUCAUUGAGUGGAGAAGUACCUCCUUGGAUAUUGAACAGCGACAACAACAUAGAUUUGUCUUAUAAUAAUUUUACAUCUUCAGCCCAAACAAGUUGCCAGCAGGCAAAUGUGAACUUAGUUUCAGGUUCCUCAUCUGCAGCAAAUAGUGACUCAGCUCCUUGGUGCUUAAGGAAGGACCUUCCUUGUCCCCGAAACCCUGACCACCAUUCCUUAUUUAUUAAUUGUGGAGGAGAGGCUACAACAAGUGUUGAUGGAGAUGACUAUGAAGAAGAUUUAAGCAACUCUGGUCCAUCAACCUUCUUCAGUUCAGCAAAUAAGUGGGCUUAUAGUAGUACCGGGGUUUAUUUAGGCAACGAAGGGGCUCCUUAUACUGCAAGAACUUCAUCGGCUGUGAAGGGCUCGGAAUUCUACAAAACUGCACGUAUUGCACCACAAUCACUGAAGUACUAUGGCUUAUGUUUACGACAAGGCAAUUACAAAGUUCAGCUUCACUUUGCUGAAAUAAUGUUUUCUGAUAAUCAGACAUUUGACAGUCUAGGAAGGCGGUUAUUUGACGUAUCAAUUCAAGGACAAGUAGUUUUGGAGGAUUUCAAUAUCGUGGAGGAAGCCGGUGGUGUUGGAAAGGGCAUCACCCGGGAAUUCAAUGUUGAUGUAAAUGGAAGUACUUUGGAGAUCCACUUAUUCUGGAGAGGGAAAGGGACUGCUGCCAUUCCUAAUAGAGGGGUCUAUGGACCACUUAUAUCUGCUAUUACAGUAACACCAAACUUUAAGGUCGACACUGGUAAUGGGUUAUCUGCUGGAGCUAUUGCUGGUAUUGUGAUUGGCUCAUGUGUGAUUAUCGUCUUGUUAUUGAUCAUCCUCCGACUGACUGGUUACUUGGGUGGAAAAGACAAUGAAAACAGUGAGCUUCAGGGGCUAGAACUUCAGACUGGCUAUUUCAGUUUAAGACAGAUUAAGGCUGCAACAAAUAACUUCGAUUCCACAAAUAAGAUUGGUGAAGGAGGAUUUGGGCCAGUUUACAAGGGUGUACUGUCAGAUGGUAUGGUGAUUGCAGUUAAGCAGCUAUCCUCUAAAUCUAAGCAAGGAAAUCGCGAAUUUGUGAAUGAGAUAGGGAUGAUUUCAGCAUUGCAACACCCGAAUCUUGUGAAACUUUAUGGUUGUUGCAUUGAAGGAAAUCAGUUGUUGUUAAUCUACGAGUACUUGGAAAAUAAUAGUCUUGCUCGUGCCCUUUUCGGUCGUGAUGAACACCGGCUUACCUUGGACUGGUCUACACGAAAGAAAAUAUGCUUGGGGAUAGCUAGAGGGCUAGCUUAUCUUCAUGAGGAAUCAAGACUAAAAAUUGUUCACAGAGAUAUUAAGGCAACAAAUGUGUUGCUUGAUAAGGAUCUAAAUGCUAAGAUCUCCGACUUCGGAUUAGCCAAGCUCGAUGAAGAAGAGAACACUCAUAUCAGCACCAGAAUAGCAGGAACAAUAGGUUAUAUGGCACCGGAAUAUGCAAUGAGGGGUUACUUGACUGACAAGGCAGAUGUUUAUAGCUUUGGUGUUGUUCUUUUGGAGAUUGUUAGUGGGAAGAGCAACACAAAUUACAGGCCUAAGGAGGAAUUUGUUUAUCUCCUUGAUUGGGCCUAUGUCCAGCAAGAGCAAGGAAACCUUUUAGAACUUGUGGAUCCGAGCCUUGGUUCAAAGUACUCAAAUGAAGAGGCUUUACGGAUGCUUAACAUUGCUCUUUUAUGCACCAAUCCAUCUCCCACUCUAAGGCCAUCAAUGUCUUCGGUUGUAAGCAUGAUGGAAGGCAAGAUUCCUGUCCAAGCUCCAUUGAUCAAGCGAAAGGAUGCGGACCGAGAUGCGAGGUUCAGAGCCUUUGAGAUGCUUUCACAUGACAGCCAAAUGAAUGUCUCGAUACAUUCGCAUGACAGCCAGGGUCCGAGAAGCACAUCCAUUGAUGGAUCAUGGAUUGAUUCUUCAAUAUCUCUACCAGAUGAGACUCAACCGCAUUCUUCAUCAAGAAUGCUUCUAGAAAAACCCUUAGAGAAUAAUUGAAUGAUUUCUUGGUUUAAAAUUCUUUCCCUUUUGAUUUAGAUUCUUUGUAAAGGAAAUAUAUUAAAAUGUUUUGCUAUAAUGUUUCUUGAAUACGUGUAGAUAUAUUAAGUUUGAUGUGUGUUGUAUUUUGUAAUUCUUUUA